GUGGGAUAUAAGGCCCUGACGCAGGGCGAGUGCAGACGGACGCCCCGACCCAGCUGCCAUGGACGUCACCAUCCAGCACCCGUGGCUGCGCCGGCCCCUGGGCCCCGGCUUCGGCCCCUUCCUCGCCAACCGCCUCUUCGACCAGCGCUUCGGUGAGGGGCUGCUGGAGAGCGACCUGGCGGCCCUCUGCCCUGCCGCCGGCCUCGGCCCCCUCUAUGCCCGCCCCCCUGGCGUGGCUCUGCCCGACACCGGCCUCUCCGAGAUGACGCUGGACAAGGACCGGUUCUCGGUGCUGCUGGACGUGAAGCAUUUCUCGCCUGAGGAGCUGAGCGUGAAGGUGGUGGGUGACUACGUGGAGGUGCACGCCAAACAUGAGGAGCGUCCGGACGAGCACGGCUACAUCUCCCGCGAGUUCCACCGGCGCUAUGGGCUGCCCCGGGGUGUGGACCCCGCCACCAUCACUUCGUCCCUCUCACCCGACGGCAUCCUCUCCAUCACAGCGCCCACCAAACCCGAGGGCAAGGCCCAGGAGCGCACCGUCCCCAUCACCCACCAGCAGAGCCCCGCCGUCACCGGGAAAUAGGGGGGGGGCGCGCAAGGAUCCGCCUCUACCCCCCCAUAGGAGUCAGGGGGUCCCCCUGUCCCCAUUAGGGACACCCCCACCCCUGUGGGCAUCACACUCCCCCAGCCCCUUGGGACAGCAGAAUUUCAGGGGCUCCCCCUUUCCAGGCCCAGGGGAGCAGAGAUCUGGGAUUUGCUCCUGCCCCUCCCCCCCCCCUGCUUUGCAGGGUCUUUUCUUAUCUAUGGCUGGUGCUGUAUGAAGCCGGGAGUUCGGCCAAUAAACUCCACUCACCUGCUGGA